AUGAAGAUGGAGAAAAGAAAAAGAGUUGAUCUAGAUGAAUCAAAACACAAGUGCGAAGAAGAGCAAAGUCAAUUGAAAUUAAAGAAAAUAAAGAAAAUAUCUUCUUCUUUGAUACUUUUGAAUAAUAACAAAAUGAAUUUCUCUACAUUACGUAUCAGAGCAUCACCAAGUUCAAUGUUUAAGAUUAUUAAGAGGGUAGACAGUCAAAGUGUAAAUGAGAUGUUAGGAAUUCCAGUUGGUGAAAAAGAAGUGGAUCAACUUCCAUUUCGACCUAAAGAUGAUCAAUGUUAUAAUAAGUGGAUAAAGCAAUUUGCUGAUAAAAACAACAUUAGAUUGAAAGAUAUCAUGAAUGCAAUUCUUUCAACAAAAGAAGCCGAUUUCAAUUUCAAAUUGAAUUUCAUUGUGUUGUUUUGUAACACAUUGGUUGAAGCUACAGGAAUGGGGAAAAUAAAUGAUAAGAUAUUGAAAAAAAUAUCAAGUGAUACAGAUUUUUCGAAGAUCAAUUGGUAUUCUUAUAUGAUUGAAUCAUUGAUAACAAAGAAGAGAUCAUAUUCAGUGUCUAAUGACAAAAGCUAUUUCAGUGGACCAGUCACAUACUUGCUGUUGUUGUAUGUUGACCAUGUUGAUUUUGAUGGGAAAAAUGGUGCUCGUCUAUGGCCAACAAUAAAAAGCUGGAAUUCUCACAAAUUUGAGUCAGAGAGAAAAGCGUGA